AAGUCACACGUUCGAACCCUUAUGUUAAAAGGGCUCCGCCCAUCUCGACUGACAAGAAACGGAUUUACAGCCUUGCACUUGGCAGUUUACAAGGAUAGUGCAGAAUUGAUCACUUCCCUGCUUCACAGUGGAGCUGAUAUACAGCAGGUUGGGUAUGGUGGCCUCACUGCCCUCCAUAUUGCUACAAUAGCUGGUCACCUGGAGGCUGCUGAUGUGCUGUUGCAACAUGGAGCUAAUGUCAACAUUCAAGAUGCAGUUUUCUUUACUCCAUUGCACAUCGCAGCAUACUAUGGGCAUGAACAGGUAACCCGCCUCCUUUUGAAAUUUGGCGCUGAUGUAAAUGUAAGUGGUGAAGUUGGAGAUAGGCCCCUCCACUUAGCAUCUGCAAAAGGAUUCUUUAAUAUUGCAAAACUCUUGAUGGAAGAAGGAAACAAAGCAGAUGUGAAUGCUCAGGAUAAUGAAGACCAUGUCCCGCUGCAUUUCUGUUCUCGAUUUGGACACCACGAUAUUGUGAAGUACCUGCUUCAAAGUGAUUUGGAAGUUCAGCCCCAUGUUGUUAAUAUCUAUGGAGACACCCCUUUGCACCUGGCGUGCUACAAUGGCAAAUUUGAAGUUGCCAAGGAAAUCAUCCAAAUAUCAGGAACAGAAAGUCUGACUAAGGAAAACAUCUUCAGUGAAACAGCUUUUCACAGUGCAUGUACCUAUGGAAAGAAUAUUGACCUAGUUAAAUUUCUUCUUGAUCAGAAUGUCAUAAACAUCAACCACCAAGGAAGGGACGGGCACACAGGAUUACACUCUGCUUGCUACCAUGGUCACAUUCGCCUGGUUCAGUUCUUAUUGGAUAAUGGAGCUGAUAUGAAUCUAGUAGCUUGUGAUCCCAGCAGGUCUAGUGGUGAAAAAGAUGAGCAGACAUGUUUGAUGUGGGCUUAUGAAAAAGGACAUGAUGCCAUUGUCACACUCCUGAAGCAUUAUAAGAGACCACAGGAUGAAUUACUCUGUAAUGAAUAUUCUCAGCCUGGAGGAGAUGGCUCUUACGUAUCUGUUCCAUCUCCCUUGGGAAAGAUUAAAAGCAUGACAAAAGAGAAGGCAGAUGUUCUCCUACUAAGGGCUGGAUUGCCUUCACAUUUCCAUCUUCAGUUUUCGGAAAUUGAGUUCCAUGAGAUUAUUGGCUCAGGUUCUUUUGGGAAAGUAUAUAAAGGACGAUGCAGAAAUAAAAUAGUGGCUAUAAAACGUUAUCGAGCCAACACCUACUGCUCCAAGUCAGAUGUGGAUAUGUUUUGCCGAGAGGUGUCCAUUCUCUGCCAGCUCAAUCAUCCCUGUGUAAUUCAGUUUGUGGGGGCCUGCUUGAAUGAUCCCAGCCAGUUUGCCAUUGUCACUCAAUACAUAUCAGGGGGUUCUCUCUUCUCCCUCCUUCAUGAACAGAAAAGGAUUCUUGAUUUGCAGUCUAAAUUAAUUAUUGCAGUAGACGUUGCCAAAGGCAUGGAGUACCUUCACAACCUGACACAGCCAAUUAUACACCGUGACUUGAACAGUCACAAUAUUCUUCUUUAUGAGGAUGGGCAUGCUGUGGUGGCAGAUUUUGGAGAAUCAAGAUUUCUACAGUCCCUGGAUGAAGACAACAUGACAAAACAACCUGGGAACCUCCGUUGGAUGGCUCCUGAGGUGUUCACGCAGUGCACUCGGUACACCAUCAAAGCCGACGUCUUCAGCUAUGCUCUGUGUUUGUGGGAACUUCUCACCGGCGAAAUUCCAUUCGCUCAUCUCAAGCCCGCGGCUGCAGCAGCAGACAUGGCUUACCACCACAUCAGACCUCCCAUUGGCUAUUCUAUUCCCAAGCCCAUAUCCUCUCUGCUGAUGCGAGGGUGGAAUGCAUGUCCUGAAGGAAGACCCGAGUUUUCUGAAGUUGUCAUGAAAUUAGAAGAGUGUCUCUGCAACAUUGAGCUGAUGUCUCCUGCUUCGAGUAACAGCAGUGGGUCUCUCUCACCUUCCUCUUCUUCCGAUUGCCUGGUGAGCCGGGGAGGGCCUAGCAGGAGCCAUGUGGCAGCAUUAAGGAGUCGUUUUGAAUUGGAAUAUGCUCUAAAUUCGAGGUCUUGUGCUGCCUGGUCCCAAAGUGCUGGACAAUGUUCCUCUCAAGGCCUGUCUUUGGAGGACAUGAAAAGAAGUCUUCAGUACUCACCAAUUGACAAAUACGGGUAUGUAUUUGAUCCCAUGAGCCCGAUGCAUUUUCAUUCUUGCCAGAAUAGUGGCAGCUUUGAGGACAGCAGCUGACAUCAUUCGGCAUAUACCUAAGGAGAGUUUUCCUCCAAACUGACAGCGGCAAUUCCAAUCAUGGCAAGCUUGCUUCCAAUUAUAAUAUUUUACCCUCUAAGGUCUCCUUAAAUUGGCUUGUUUAUGCUAGUCCUAUUUAAUUCCCUACUACAAGUUGGGCUUUGGAUGUGUGCCUACAGAAUGAAAUGCAAAAGAACCAAGACAGAAGGUAUAUGAAGAAUGGUUUUUAAUUUUGAAAAUGAAAAAAUAGAUUUAUAUUAUUACUUGGAGAUAGGGCCUAAGUCUGCAGUGGAUGCUUAACAAUUAUUAUGUUUUCUUAGAUUGAAUUAUGUAGACUUGUGUUUGAGAGCCAUGAGUUUGAUUUCUUAGAAUAUUGUUCACUUUCUUAUCUCAUUAUAUUACUUCUGAUGUUCAGCUCUGUGAUUAAAGAUUCUUUGGAGGAAUAUAAAAUUGA